UCGACUAUGAUAAGAGACAUGCUCAUCGAUGUUGAUCAGUCGGAUAUCUCCGACCGAACAAGCACUUUGUUGGGUCCUGUUAAACUGCAGCUGAGCCCAAUUUCAUCGUCUGAUCCACGCUCUCGACAUCGCUCGCAGACUGUGGAUGUCUCAGCAAUCAGCAGUCCCAAAGCCUUCACUCCAGGGGGUUCGCACAAAAGUACGCAAAGGCCAAGUCAAAGCACAGGCAAAGCACGAGCCAGCGGCCUUUAGAGACCAACUCUACAAACAUCUUGAAACAGUUCCAGAAAACGAUUUCGAGGGAUUCAGCGCUAAACUUGUACAGGCUGGUGGGACGCUCGAGUAUCUCAAGUAUGCCGACGCCUUGUUUGAGAUCCUCCUUGUCGGCGGGCUCAUCCAGCCGGGUGGGUCAUAUCUCGAUGAUGGCGCGCCCAUGUCGCCAUUCUCUAUUUUCAACGCACGCAAUCCGCCCGACCUCGAAGAGUUGAAGAAGUAUGUCGAUGUGUUUAACAAAUUGAAUCGAAGGUGCAUGCGAUUGUGGUCCCGCGUAAUAUAUUGUGCAUGCGGUGUUAAUCAUGAAUAUAGGUUCAAAUAUCUUCAGAAACCGUUCGAGGAGCAAAGUCUCCCCACUCUCCUGCAGUACAUCGGCCGUUGGUCAUCCGAGCAACGCGACAAGCUCGCCAUGACACUUGGUCUCCUUCUUUCGCAGGGCCUCGUGACCGCAGCUUGUCUGCAGAGUCUAACCAAGGAUCACCUCGUCAAGAACGACCAGUCCAUCAAUAUCCUUGCGUUGGUCUUUAGCGCAUACCUCACCGACCAGUCGAUCGAUCACCUUGCUGCAACCCUCAAACGCGGCAAUAUCAAAGAUCUACUCCUCUUCUUCCCUCCAAACAAGAGGGACGCUAAAGUUCUCGAUGCUUUCUUCCGGGAGAAAAACCUCCCUACCGUGGCCGACUGGUACACGAAGAAGCAAUAUGCGAUCGCGAAAGACGCAAUCAUGAAGGAAUUAAAGGAGGUGGUAGAACGCAGCGAUGAUAGUGAAUCAAUCAUAUCUGCAAUCCAAAGUAAACUAGAGGAGCAGCGGCUCCCUGAGGCGGAACUUAUACAGAGCAUCUGGCAGGGCCUUAUGGCUUCCGUAGACUGGAGUGCACGCCCUGACCAGAUAGAAGGCCUCGCACUACGUGAGGUCGGGAAAUUUGCCCCAGUUCUCGUGGCCUUCUGUAAAGGUCCCAAAACCCAGGUCGCUUUGAUCAAUAUCGUACAGGUCUACUGUUAUGACGACACACGUGUCAUGAAAGCCUUCCCACAGAUCCUGAAGGUUUUGUACAAUAAGGACUGCGUUUCUGACCAGGCGAUCAUCUACUGGCACCAAAAGGGGUCUAAGCCGCAAGGAAGACAACACUUCCUGAAGGCCACCGAGGGCCUGGUCAAGGAGCAGGAAGAAAGCGAAGAAGACGAAGACGAAGAGUAAAUUAUAGGCUGAUACGCUCUCCAAUUAGAUGUGUAUUUCCGCGUUGCUAUCCAUC